AUGCUUGAACAGGAUCUAGCUUAUCUACCUGAGGAUGUUCGUGAACAGCUAGCGAUUCUUGAAUUGGAACUAAGCGAAGGCGAUAUCACUCAGAAAGGAUAUGAGAAGAAGCGAAAUUUGUUGUUAGCAAAGUACAGCAAAGGCUGCAGUGCAGGCCCCGGCCAAUCAAAAGGAAGUCCAGGUUCUCGUGCGCACCGACACCACCAACGACGUCUCACUCGAGAUGAGUCACGUUUCCAUUCCGAAAUCCGUGCCGAGGCCGUGCAACAAGCACUUGCUGAAUAUUCCCAAGGUUACAAAGUGCGUCCCAGCAUUGUUCAGCCAAUCAAGCGCCCCACUGAAACGCGGAGGCAAUUCAGUCGAGCUUCCGAUUCGUCGUCUGAUGAUGACGACAGCCUGGUGGGUUCGUUAAAGCGGAAAAAUCAGCCCUCAAGCAAGCAGAACACUGGAUUAGGAGUUUCGCGAAACGAAAUCACGAAGAGUGAACCACACCACACGGAUGUCACCCGGUGGUGCUGCAGUGGGAAGCAAUGCUACGAAGGGUGCGGGAAGAGCAUGAAAUCAAGCUGA